AUAUAUCUUGCAGCCCUAUUAAAAUUUAAGCAUGUUAUAAUCUACAUACACCUUUAAUAUUUGUGGAUUUGUUCAAAAACCUACUUUUUAUGUAUUUUUUGUUCACUUCUCUUGCAGUUCUGCUGGCCAAACACUAUGAUGUCUGCCUGCACUCAACUACGUGUUAUCAUUGAUGAGACUGCAGUUCACAAGUUAACCCUACCAGAUGGAAUACCUAGUACAGUAGAUGAACUUUUGGCAGCUGCAAAGGAUCAUUUUCAACUCCAAGGGAGUUUUAGUGUUAUGUAUAUGGACAAAGAUUUUGAAAACCAAUUCUUCACUCUGACAUCAACAGAUUUGGUUAAGGACAAAGACACAAUAAAGCUAGUCAAAAUAGAACCUUCUGUCAUUCUGACAUUGACUCCUAUCAAUGAAGCUGCAGAUAACUCCCCUCCACUCUCGCUGAACAAUUCUUUCCAGGAUGAAAAUUCUUCUAUUAGUUCAUCUGACACCACUAUUUUACAACCAUCCCCAGAGUGUCGAUCAGAAGUUUGGCCAACUAAUUUUGUGAUACCCAUCUUUUCAUAUGAUGUUGAAACAAUCCUUCAAAAGGCAAAUGAUGAUUUUAAAAGUAAUGGUACACACCUUCACAAUACAAGCAUCAACUCUAAUGUGCUUGAGAAGCUUGCAGAACAAAUAUUUAGCUACACUGCCUAUCCCACCGGGCUUCAAAUCCUCGCCGUUGUAGAAGCUCUGUUUAACAAGCAUCCGUGCCUGAAGGAGCCUGGCACUUCAUUUUCAGGUAUGUACGGGUGGCAGCAUCGUCUUAAGUAUAAAAUGGCCAAUUACCGUUCCAAAUUGAGAAAGCGUGAAAUACCUUGUCCUGAAGUUAACAUCAACUCCUUAAGAAGUAAAUUACCUGGUGAGAAAUAUCCUGCCAAAAACUGCAAAAGACCAAGGAAAGCGGAGGUGAAUUACCUCCCGCCGCAUCCAAGUGGAGAAACCGAAGACAGCCUUGAAGUAGAGAGGCAGGAGCUCCUCUAUAAUGUGAUAAAAGAAAAAAUGGCCAAAACAUUCUCCUAUCGAAGGAUUGAGGUUGUGAGUGGUUGUCCUGCUGUUGAGGAUUUUAAAAAGAGAUGGCCUGCCUUAUUUUGUGAAGCUGAGGUGAAAGAGGAAUUUAGAAGAAUAACUACAACUUCUCUGGAGCAGAGCUUCAUGUAUAAACUUGACCUCUACACACCAAAACUUAUUGCCCUCAUGAAGCUUAAGGGAGGCAUUGCAGGGACAAAGCUGAGGCCACACUUGGACAAACUGAGUGAGAACCAAAGCAUUGAGGUGAGACGUGAAGCUAUUAUUCGGAGCCUCAUACUGUACCUUGGCGAAAAAGAAGAGGAACUUUUUGAAGAAUGCCUGGAGGACAGUCGCAGUGACACCAUGCAACACAUCCUUAAGAUUCUGGUGGUCUAUGGAGCUGGUGUAGAGGAUUCAGUGGAUGUAUCUAUUAUUCUUGAAGGCCGGGAGAUCCUAACAGGAUGUCACAACGUGGCUAAAGCUUGUGCACUACUUAUGGGGUUGAUUUAUGCCCUCAAUCUUGCAUACCCCAAAGCCCUGCGCUAUACUUUUGAGGUGUUUCAAAAACUUUUUCUUGAACUGGAUGGGAUUAAGUUGUCCUCUAAAGUUCAAACUUUAAAGUCCAAGCUGCUGACUUUGUUUGUGAUGGCAAGUCCUGCACAUUAUUGGAUGCCAUUACAACACCCCAACUCAGUGUUCCAUCAUGCAUGUUCUGGUGAACCCUUUUCAUAAAUAAUUAUUUUGGGUUGUUCUGUUGUUUUGAAAUUGUUUCCCACACUUUGGUACAUAAUUUGUUCUUUUGCCAUUUGUACUAAAUAGACAUUUAGUAGCGUUUUCAGUUUUAUGCCUUAUAACCACCUGGUCUUACUGUCUUUUUUUUUUUUUAUUUCACAAACUUUUAACACGAAGAGAGACCAGACUUUAGAAGCAUCAAGGUGUUUAUACUGUGUUUUGAAUUUACUUUAUUCAAGGCAAAUAGUGGUGGGAAUUUGUUUUGUUAAAGUUAUAAUUUUUUGCCAGUUUUCAUUUACUUUGAAUUAGAGCAUUUUUACAUAUUUAAUAAACAUCUUUAACAUCUGUUUUAUGCUAUAUAUUUUGAUACCAUUGGGGAAAAAUAAAAAAUUGAAUUGUAUUUAACCACUGCGAUUUGUGUUGAAAGCAUAGACAAAGUGAUUACAUUUAUUUGGUAAUAUCAUUAUUAUUAAUGUUUACUUAAUUAAUACUACAAAAGAAAAUAAAAAAACAGUAAAUGCAAUCUACCCUAAAAAAGUAAAUAAGAUUUAUUUAAUAUUUCUAGUACAGCAAUGCUACACACUUUGAAAAAAAUCUAAUAGAAUUUACCUAAAUAAUUCAAACAAAUCGAAC